ACAAACAUACUCUUGCUCAUUGGCAAGCUACAGAAUUAACAAGUGUUGAGAAUGGACCUUGGGAAUUUGGAAAUUACCGUUAUUUAGGAACUUCUUCCGAAUUAAAAAAAAGUGACGAUACAUUAAAUGAGAAGAGAUUAAAAGAUAUUGAGAGAAUCAAUCAUAUUAUCGAAAAUGAUCUUACUAUAGAUGAUAUCUUAAAAAAUAAAAAAAAACUAUUACCUUGGAGUUGGUUAAGAAGUUUAAAAGAUCUUGAAUACUUGAUCAAAAAAGAGAAAGAGAUUAGAGAAGCAAAUAUUAAAAGAUUUUGGCGUCCGUGCUGUAUUUAUUUAUUUGGACCUGGUGGCUCCGGUAAAUCUGGAUUAGUGCAAAAACUAUUUAGAGAAGAACUUUACUCAAAACCUCAGAAGCAAAAAAGUGGUUCUAAUUGGUGGAAUGGUUACUCUGGUCAAGAUAUAGUUUUUUUGAUGAAUGAUAUUGUCAAGUUAUUAAAUGAUACCGACGAACAUGUUGAGAUAAAAAAUAAAGGCUUUAUUCCUUUUCUAGCGAAAUAUGUUUUUAUGACUUCUAGGAAAGCUUCUCAAGAAGCAUUUAAUUUUGGAAACGGUCAGUUUGAACGAAGAUUAGAUUUUAUAAUUCAGUUUACUGGUAAUUGGAAAAAUAAAACCACACAAAUCCAUUUUCUUAAAGGUUCUGAAGAGGAUUUUCGAAAUAUGAAUUGGAAGAUUGAAUUUGAUAGAAGUGAAUUUUCAAAUGAUCAAAUAGUCGAAAAAAUAAAAACAUCAGGUUUUAAAGAUGGAGAAAUCAUUUUCGAUAACGAAAAGGUUUUAUGGAAACAAAAUUUCCCAGAAUUUAAAAAAAAAUAUCUUCGAGACUAUCCACAUAGCAAGUCUUUAUAUGAAUACAAAUUGGAACUCGAGAAUCCUGAAUCAGUCUACAAUUCUGAGAUGAGUGAAUAUAACUCAGACGAUUCUCAAUAUACAAAAGAGAAAAA